GUCCCUCCGUAGGGGCCGGGCCCGGAGCGGGAGCGUCGCCGCAGCGUUUCUGCGUGUGGAAAUCCCCCCCCCCCUUUCCUCCUCCUCCUCCUCCUCCUCCUCUCCUCCGCGCCUUCCCCGCCCGGCCGGGCUGCCAGCAAGCGGGGGGAGGCAGCUGUGCGGGCAGGGCGAGGGAGGGGAGGAAGGGGCAGGAGGAAGCACAGGCGGCUGAGGGAAGGGGGGGGGGAGGAGGGCGGAGACGGGGCCAGCCCGAGGAAAUUCAAACGGCCCCGACAUGAAUUAGGCAGCGGGCUGCAGAGGGGAGGGCCCCCCUCCUCCUCCUCCCCCUCCUCCUCCUCCUCCCUCGUCUCCCCCUCCCCGCACGGCGGGAGCAGCGCCGCCCCGCGCGGAGCCGGCGGCUCGGGGCACGCCACAGGCGCACGCACAGCCAGGCGGGCGGGGGCGGGAGCGGGCCGGCCGGGGUCGGGGUGGGGGGGGGUCGGGGGGGGCCCCCCCGGCAGAUGAAGAUGGCAGUGUCCGUGAUCCAAGCGUGCCGCAGCCUGGCUCUCUCAACAUGGCUGCUGUCCUUUUGUUUCGUGCAUCUGCUGUGCCUGGACUUCACCGUGGCCGAGAAGGAGGAGUGGUACACGGCCUUCGUCAACAUCACCUACGCCGACCCGGCGGCCGGCAGCGCCGAGCUCCGCAGCGAGAAGAGCGAGUGCGGGCGCUACGGCGAGCAGUCGCCCAAGCAGGACGCCCGCGGGCAGGUGGCCCUCUCCGCCUCCCCCGCCGACCGCUACGCCUGCGAUCCCGGCACCCGCUUCAACGCCCCGGCGCCGGGCAAGAGCUGGGUGGCCCUCAUCCCGCGGGGCAACUGCACCUACAAGGACAAGAUCCGCCACGCCGCCGCCCAGAACGCCUCCGCCGUCGUCAUCUACAACGUGGGCUCCAGCAACGCCAACGAGACCAUCACCAUGCCCCACGCAGGCCUAGAAGAUGUUGUAGCAAUAAUGAUUCCUGAACCCAAAGGAAAAGAGAUAGUGAGCCUCCUGGAGAGGAACAUUACUGUGAUGAUGUACAUAACCAUCGGGACACGCAACUUGCAGAAGUACGUCAGCCGGACCUCUGUGGUGUUCGUCUCCAUCUCCUUCAUUGUGCUGAUGAUCAUCUCGCUGGCGUGGCUGGUCUUCUAUUACAUCCAGCGGUUCCGCUACGCAAAUGCCAGAGACAGAAAUCAGCGCCGGCUUGGAGAUGCUGCAAAGAAAGCAAUCAGCAAGCUACAAGUCAGAACAAUCAGGAAAGGUGAUAAGGAAACUGAGCCAGACUUUGAUAACUGUGCUGUUUGUAUUGAAGGCUACAAGCCCAAUGAUGUUGUCAGAAUUUUGCCUUGCAGGCAUCUUUUCCACAAGUCCUGCGUAGACCCCUGGCUGCUAGACCAUCGUACCUGCCCGAUGUGUAAAAUGAAUAUUCUAAAAGCCCUAGGGAUCCCGCCAAAUGCAGAUUGCAUGGAUGAUAUACCUCCAGACUUGGAAGCAUCCAUAGGAGGACCGCCAACCAACCAGAUAACGGGAGCCAGCGAUAUAACAGUGAACGAGAGCUCUGUAGCCCUGGAUCCCCCGGUGCGGACUGUGGGAGUACUACAAGUCAUCCAAGACGUAGAUUCCUUUCCCCAGGCUGGGGAGGGUAACUUCACAUCAAGCAAUGAACAGGAGCCAGCAGUCAGCAGUGAUUCAGAUAUUUCAUUGAUUAUGGCCAUGGAGGUUGGACUGUCCGAUGUGGAGCUUUCCACUGAUCAAGACUGCGAAGAGGUGAAGUCUUGAAAAACAAACAGAGAUCCAACACUAAACUACAGGGGAGGGUCACAGGGAGGGACCGAGUCAGCUUUCUAGGAUUUGGACCAGUCAUGCACAUGCCUCCAGAGCACUGUCACUCCUGCACACUCCAUUCUGAGAUGGUCACGAAAAGCAAUAGCAACAGUUGUGUCUGCCUGGAUGCAGUUUCAUCUACAUAUGUUCAUUUUGUUCAAAUGGGAGAUGAGCGCUUCCAGUUUACCCACGUGCUUGAAAGCAGUCAUGUAACUCUUCAGUGGCUCAUAAAUACGCAACUGAAAUGACAGCUUGAGUGUUUUCUACACUUGUUUGAUUGGGGUUUUGUUUCUUUUUUUUGAAAAGACGUAUGUUUGUUAUGUUUGUUUGUUUGUUUAUAGUUUGUUAUGGAUGGACACUCUGUUUUUGUUGACUGACCCCAGCUUUUUCAAGAGUUCAAUCCAGAAAUCUGAAUUCCCAUUCACUGGUCACUUCAUGAUCUGACUCCAGGAUUUAUCAUUGCCUUGUUGUUUCUGCGUGAAGUACACAUGGCUUCAGAAGGAUGGUGCACCAGCACCCUGCGUUAAUGUGAAGCCUGCUUUCAUUAAGUGAGAGCCUUGGAAAUGGUAUAUUCUGAAGGCCUUUAUUUGUAAGAGAGCUCUGAAUUAACAGAGCUUGCUGAGAUUUGGGUUAAAACUGCAUUAUGUUGGCUUUUACUUAGACCUCUGUUCUAGACCAGUAUCGUACAGUGUGAAGGAGAGAAAGAAGAGCUUAAAGCUUCACUCCAUCCUCGUGGUCCUUUGCUAUAUUUUAUGCUGUUAGCAGUUGUCAGUACAUUAAUGGCCUUCCUUCAAGUCACAAUUCAGUAGCUGAAAAAGAAGAUCUAGUAUAACAUCAUGUCUUUUCUUAAUUUUACAGACCAAAAUCUGACCGGUAGGCUAAAGGAGUGUCUGAGAGGUUUCCAGAGGCUUCUUGUUAACAGCUGUGCAUUAGGCGGAUGGCAAGAAUAUUCUUACAAAGGGUCUGGAGAUGCCGAUAUCAGUGUCAGAAAUUGCUAAUGAAGUGGGAGGCAGCUGGUUGAAAUGUUUACCUCCUGUUUUGUUUAGUUUUGUUUUGUUUUGUUUUUCCUUAGUGUUUUGACAGCAGUUUUUGCCUGCUUGUUAUGGAACACAAGAGUUCAGGUGGUUCAUUGCCCUCCAGAGUCCCUGUCAACGUUGUCGCAAGCAUAAUGGAAUACUUGCAUUUUGUAUAUAGAUAUAUAUACCAAAAUAUUUUGGGUAGAGAGGAGGGAAUUUGAAAAUAAACAGAACUAACAUAAAUCAAAACACCUAAAUAAUAAUGACCUGUGCUGAUUAUUUAGUUCAUCCUGAGCUCUGCUUUCCAGGGAAAAGCUUAUCGUUACUUGUUCAGUAUAUGAUUUCGUUUUUCAGUCAAAAUACGCAACUGUGAAGAAGCAUUUUUAGCUUACUGUUAUACAAGAGUAAAUGGUUUCUGUUGACAGUCAGAUGAUUUGAAUCACAUUACUGCCUCCUGAGUAAGUCCAUAGAAUCAACAGUUCAUCUUACAUUGAAAUUUCAUGGAGAGGUCAAACAUUUUGACUUGAUGGUGUCAUGGCAGCAUCUCAAAAUGCAACUAUUAGGGUUCUUGCUGCAUUUAAUCUCCUUGUGGAUUUACUUGUUAGAUGUGGAAACCAACUUCCAGCCAAAAUUCGGUUUGUCAGAUCUUAUUCAGGAAAAAAUGUGUUUAGAACUAUCCCUAAAAUUUUGGCCAACGUCCUUCUUUAGUACAGGAAGAAGGAAAAAUUAUACUCCAUGCUUUUCAGUGCAGUUAGAACUCAGUUCAUUUUAUAGCUUAAUUUUUUUGAUGUUCUCAGUCCCUAAAUUGCAGGGUAACUUUGAGGCAAAGGAGCACAGCCUAAUCAUCCUUCAAAACCAUGAUCCGGAAAUGUGCCGUUACAUUUUUAUAAGCCAUUUGAAAGGACAUCUCUUUUUAAAGAGAUACAGGCAGCUGGAAAUCUGCUUGGUUUAAAAAGAAGGUCAGAGAUCGUUCCAGAGGGCACAGCUAGGUCAGUCUUGCCAAUAUUUGUAGUUCUGUAAUCGUAUUUUCCUUAUUCUUUAAUGUCUUCUGUAUUCCUUGCUGCUAUGGGAAAGGCCCACAGCAUCAAGGGAACCGAUGCUGAAAUUCACCCCUACACAAGAGAGUUUGCACAAGGUGCCGCAUCAGCUGCACUUAAGCUCUGGAAAUAAUGCUGAAAUGGGAUUUAAGUGGUGCUUACACGAAAUACUGGCCCUUCACACAGGAAUGAAAUUCAUCUCAAAUGGCUGCAGGGGGAGAGUGAAGCUGGUUGUAUACACAGUCAGGUCUCCCUAUGGAAAGUACACACACCGGUACAAUUUCUUCUCUAGCGCUGGAGCCUGGGUGCUACAUGUCACAGGAACAUCACAAACACGAUGUCCGAGUUGUCAGGGAUCCUUUAACAUCCACCCACUGCAGCCCAGCACACAGACAAAAAAACUCCUGGCGGAACUGUUUGGGUUUCAGAGAAGCUGUCACAAAGUCUUCGUUUUAUUUCACAAACGUAAUUAAGUUAAUCUCAAUGGAUAGAUUGACUAAUUAUCUGUUGCCGUAGCAGAGUCACCCACAGCACAGCAGAGCAAGAGAGGCCUGUGGAAAAGCACGGCAGGAGGUGAAACUCCCAGCUGAUACUGAACUGGGUCCUUUGCCCAGCAAAAUCAUUGAAGGGAGCUGUACUCAAAGGGGCAUCACAUAGAUGGUAACUGAGACCCUGCCCAUAUUUCUAGGAGUUAGUGAAGGAUUUUGGAGAGGGAUUGCACCCUGCAUGAUCUUUUCCUAAGUAUCUCGUACUAGAUGUGAUCCCUCGGGGUCCACAGGUGGCCCCUGGCAGAGGCAGGGUGCUAGGCUGGGUGAGACAUUUUUACAUAUCACCAUACAGUGGUCUUUCAAAAGAGGCGUCCUAGUAAAUCUGGGUCAGGAGUCUGUCUGCUUUUGUUUUGCCAGUUCUACCUGCAGUUUCGCUCAGGGAAGAUGUUCUUCCAUCCCUGUCCUCAGGUGUUCUACAGCUCUGAGCACUGUUAAGCGAUAACGAGUGCAAAGCCAGGUUACACAACACUGAAGCCAGAACUUAGGAAAGCACUUAAGUAAAUGUUUUAUUCCGUCCUUCUUCCAAAAAGCACUUACGACUAAUUUUGGACUUGUACCAAAAUCACGUUAUUUUCAACAGGUCUUCUAUGAGCAUAAUUAAGCCCCUGUGUCAAAUGGAAAUGUUUUCCUAAAGCAGGACCUGGCUGACAAUACUUUGUAUAUAUAACCUGUGAAAUGCCUUGGGAAUUUGAGGUGCUUCAUAAAUAUUAAGACGCCCAGAUGUAUGUUCGUAACACGUAUGAAAGCCUUAAUUCUGCAGAUCUGCAUGCCCAUGCACAUUUUUGCCUACAUGAGUCUCUCCACUGAGAUUUCUCGCGGGGUAAAAGCAAACCUCCCGAUUUGCAGCUUUGGGUAAGAUUAGUCCCGUCCUGAGCAUUGCGUGAGUCCUCGGUACUGCUGCCCACUAAGCUUGGGCUCUGGCAUUAAAUACGUGGGAUUCAGACGCCGGGGACACAGCACUGCCUGUUCAGAAGGGAAAGCAGCCUUUAGCAUGCAGCCAGGAAAAAAACAAAUCCUCUGGUGCCCUCUGACGAACAAGUGCUCAUGCACGUAAUUCCGCAGGCUCGUGCCGUGACUGCCCACCCACGGCACCAGUGGCUGGGCACAGGGGCACCUCCUGCACAGGGCCGGUGGCAGCUCUCUUGUCGUUAAGCUGAUCUUGCGUCUCUCCGAGCUCUUCUUGUCCUGUCAUCUAAGGCUCUUUUCUCUUCUUUUCCAUGUAGUAGGUGGGAGAAGCAUUCACCUUAGCGAGGCUUAUCUUCACUCGGGCUGGGUUGCAGGAUGAAACUAGGACAGACAGGGACUGCGCUCUGAGUAUCCUUUGAUUUUCAUGGGGUUCAUAAACUGCACUCCCAAAGGUCUGUUCAAUAGGUAGGACACAUAAAAAGUUAUAUGGGCAGAAUUUUGCACUCACGAACGACCUAAUGUGUGCAUGCAGAUGUGCAAGGCACCAGCUCUGCAUCCCUUCCUCACGGCUGACCCAUUCUGGUGGGGAUGCAGAUCUGGCACUCGCUGAGGGUUCGGGUUUAUUUUCAUUUUCUGAGUUCUUAGAGCCUCAAAACCAGGAUCAGGACAGUCAUAGCACUGCGGUUCAUUCUUUAAGCAUUCUAAAGAAUUAAAUUGCCAUGUAUGCAUAUAAAAGUACAUCGAUAUGACUGUGGAAACUGUAUUGUAGUGAAAACAGAAGCAGCUGCCAUUUUUAGACUUUUUAUAUGAGGGAGAUUGUGGCACUAAAGAAAAAGGCUUUAUAAAGGCCAAAUAUUGAAAAAAUUAUUGAAAUUGCAUAUGAUAAGAGAUCCCUCAGAUCUCACUACUUUAAUGACCUCUGGAUCAGAUCCAGAAGUCGUCAUUGCAAGAAGGGCAGUAUUUCGUCCCUCACUGAAUGACCCAUUUGGGAUACAUUCUUAUUUUGUGAACAAAGUGAACCCCGGAUCUAGCUCAGAAUUUAAUCUUUCUCAAAGAAUAUGCAUUUUGUGAUCUAAAUUUUUUGUUGUCAAACCUGUUAACCCACCCUCUUUUUCCCCCUUGCUAAAUAAAAAGAAAUGCUUGUCCAAUUUGAAAAAUGUCUAGCUCAGAAGACCUUUGCAUAUGGACGGGUUGCCCUGGCAGGUGUCUGCAGAUGACUUAACACUUCUACUUUGUACUUUCAGUCAUCAGUACAACACAGUUACAGAUUUUCCGUAAAGUGGGUUUCAUUUGCUCUUCUUGUUAAACCUGGAGUGCAGUCGUCAUAUAGAUUUUCCAGAGUUUUGCCUUUACAAACUUUUUCCUUUGAAUAUAUGCCACAGCCCUUUGAGCGGAUUCUGUGAUUAGAAGGCAAAGAUUGGGGCACAAGUCUUUAUAUAUAAACCUCUGGACUGCAAGUCCUUGUUGUGACAAUUGGUCUGUACUGAAAUGAUGAUAGAGGAUAUGCGUUAACAGCGGGAAAUGCCUUUCAGCCCAGGCAGCUGGGAAUCUCCCAGGCUUUGUUUGCAAGAGGCUCGUUCCUUCGUGGUCUGUUGUCUGUAGAAAAGCUCCUGACUAAGCAUCUAGUUUGAAAUAAGCCAGGAAUAGGAAUUUACAGGCUGUGCAAACCAAGAAAACCAAUAGUCAUUUAUUGAUUUCUAUUCAUUAGCAAUAAUGGACUUUUUUUAACCAUUUGUUGUUCUUGUAGAUCCCUGUUGUAGGGCCAAAGUUACCGGGCUGCUAGGAACAGGGGCCAGGACAAGCUGACUCUCUAAACAGAAGAGGGAGGGCUUGCUUUGCUGUUGGGAUACAUCCCUUUCGCCGGACUGAAAUGGCAGAGAAAUCCAGCCUGUUCCUUCCCAGCCCCUCUCACAAAUGUUUGCUCUAGUGCGAGUCUCUGUUGCAGGGGAAGGAGAUGGUGGGAUCAAACUAAGGCCGUGCUGCUUCCUCUCUUGCGUUUUGUGCUGCCUGUAUCUCUUGUAGCAGGUUGGACGGCUCUGAUUCAGCACGGAGGAAAGGAGCCAGCCUAAGUUCAGCUUAAGGACUUAAUGAAAGAUAGGCCGUGGGGUUUCGGCGGGUUCAGGAGAGCCGAGCUUCUUCAUAACCAGCGCUGGCCGGGUUUGCUGCUUCAUUGAAGAAUGCUGAGCAUUGACUCAUUUGUUUUAUAGGUGCAAAAUGUAUGAGCGUAUAUGGGGCAACCAGUGUGACAGAAAUGAAUCAGCUUGGUUAACGCAAGCGGUGAAAAACAAUGUCAUGAAAUAUUUUAGGGGCGAGGGAAAAUGAGGGUGGAGGUGUUGUUCUCGCAGACUUUUUAAAGAGGGACAAUUGAUCCAACACAAGCACUUCUUUUAUUUUACCAAGCUGUUACCUGAACUAAUUGAUAGUUUCGCAGUUGAAAGAGGAACGCCAGAUGGACUUUUUAGGCUGGAUUUGUUUGUGUAGCAGAUGGCAGCUGCGGGCUGGGACGGCGAGCGAGGGAGGCGGCUGCCCUCUGCCGCGCAGCUUCCCCCGCCGGGCUGGAAACCCGCUCGGCUCCCUUUCUCAUCUUUGGCACUUCUUUUUCAACCAAAUAAACCUUCCGAGCAGGAGCUGUAUUUCAAAGGGAGAAAUAGAGAGGAAAGAUGAAUGAAAGAUGUUGUGGAUUUUGAAUGAAAAGCCAACGGAUUAGUUUUCCAUCUGAAAUUAAUCUUGUCUCUCUCAACUAUUUUAAUUGUGAAUCGGUGGAAGUUACUUUUUUCUGGAGUGAAUGCAAAAAAAAAAAAAGGAGAGGAAAAAUAAAAAGAAAUCGCAUUUUCCCUUUCUUCUUUAUUUCUUGAUCCUUCAGUCCUGUGUAGCAUUAAAAACAAUAGCAAGAUCAAGUUGCUUGUUUGCUCUGAAUGUAUACGGUUAUUUCAGAUGUCAAAUAUCUAAAUGUUUUGUAUGUGUACGUAAUACCAUCCUUACUUCUUGUUUCAUGUUAGGAACCUGAAAUGACUGUACCAUUUUAUAAUUAGAAAUGUAAAGAGGGGACAGUGGGUGGGAGGGUCUGUUAUUUUUAUAGCAAGAUGUUCCUUGUAUUUAGCGAACAUUUAAAAUGGUUUUGUACUUGUCAAAAUAUACAUUCCAUCCAUUUCCAGAAGAGAAUUAUUUUUAUUUAGAGUAGUUUAUAAGCAAACCAAAAAAAUGUGGCGUCCCAUUUGUACGCAGUUCAUGAACAGAGCAGAAGUAUCCUGGUUUUCAGUGAUGGCUCCAAAGCUUUUUCCAGCCGUGUCUCUUCUCACACGCUGCAGAGCCGUACCAGCAAAUGCCAAUGUUAAAAAGGGAAGAAAAGUCCUGAACAAAAUAAAUACCAUAUGGAUCAGCGCACAGCUUACUGAAAUAACUUCCAGUUUGGAGACAAUGGUCUGUCCCAGUGCAAUUCUCCAAGGUAAUCAGCCCUGCUCUGGACAGCAGGAGUGGAUUUACUGGGCAGCUUUCAGCCCCGCCUCUCCCCCUGCCCAGGGGGGCCCCUGGUAAGCCCGGGGUUGGGGGGGGGGGUGACAGGGUUGUCACACUCACGCACUGCGUCCCCGCUUGCGCUGCGGCUCCCUCAGGUUGGGAGCCUGGUUUUGACUGAGGUUGGUUUGCUGGUAAGGCAGUCGGUUUCUGCAGGUUGACCACGUUGUGUUUCUUUAGUCUGUGGAAACGACCCUUCAUCUCCACGUUAAAAAAAAAAGUUCCUUUCUCCGGACAGCUGCGCUUUGGUUUGUGAAACACCUAGAGAAAGACCAUGGCAAAAACACACAGUGGCAUUUGCAUAGGUGGUUCUUUUUCUUGUAGUUAGCUCCCCCCCCCGCUACCUGUGACUUGCUCCCAAAACAGUGCAGUAGCAGUUUGUGAAGCGAGCCUUUUUUUCUAGCAUUACUUUCUGUACAGUAUUGCAAAUACACUUUAACUCUUUGCUGAUAUUUUAUAACGUAUACAUCUUCCCCUCCAAGGCACUUUAUCUCUCUUGAAAAAUGUGGGAGUCGGAGAAGUACCAUCUUAAAGGGAUUUGCCUGAAAUCAUGAGGCACACACUUUUUAUUUUUUGUCCUUCUUGCUUUGUUAUAUACUGUAAAUGCUAAAGAGCACGGACAGUGACUCAGCUGGGGGAAGUACCGAAAUGUUGAGGCUAAUAUUUGGAAGCAUUAUUCAGUAGUACAACACGGCUAUUUUUGUUAUAUAGAGGAUUAUAAUGUAAAUAUGUGAGACUGUGUUAUUAUGUACUAGUAAAAUAUUGCAACUCUCAAAGUUAAGAUGGUGAAUUCCAAGGAAUUUUAUUGCAAGUUUUUUAAUAAAAUGAAUCCGAUUA